AUGGCCUUUUCGGAUAAGGACGUGCUUGCUGCUCGGAAGCUGGUUAGCUUUGGGUUCCUGACGCAGAUUGCCGCGUCUAUUGUGCAGGCUAUAGCUUUCAGCACAUACAUCCGGCGUGACAAGAUACCGUGUCAGUCCUCUACAACGCACCAAUCGUCGUCCCAGCACUAUUCGGCAGCAUACUGGAUUUACUUGGCUUUUCGCAUCGCGGCAUCAAUAUUUCCAUGUCAGGUGGCCUACCGUCUCACAUCGAGCUUGAACAAGAUCGAAAACAAGAACAAUGCUACACGAAGCGCACGCGUCAAAGCCACAGCUCUCUGGAGGUCACUACCAGCCACCUUGGCAACAAGCUAUCUGAUCUAUUGGUCAUUUGUGCUGCUCCAUGGACUAUCGAUAGUCAACAUCCUGCGUGGAACAAAUACUAUCGAACAAUCCUGGCACAGUUUGAUAAGCGAGUGGGGGCAAAGUGCCAAUGCCAUCAUAGCGAUCUGUGCCAUUUGCCAUGUCGCAUACGCCAUCUGGAGGCUAUUCACUGCUGAGAGCGUGGAUGAACGUGCGCAGACCGCCACACCCAGUGGACUACCAAUCAGCCAGGCAUACCCACAGCCAACUUGGAAGACCUGGAAACCCUGGGUUUGGAUUAUGCAGCGAUGGCCUUUCCAUCUAGGACUAGACUACUCAGACCAUCUCUUGGUAGACGAAAGUAUGGUCGAAACGGUACUGAAACCGCCCCUGAUAAUCGACCCCAUAGCGCGCAAGAAGCUUUGGCAAGACCUCAUGGAUGGUUUUACUUACAAUGACCCGGACGGCAUCAUCGAUUGUCUGGACCAAGGUGCUCCACUGGAUGAACCCAAUGAUGAUGGCGACUAUCCCAUUCAUCUAGCCGCUCGCCACAAUAACACCGAUAUCCUAGUCAAAACACGUUUCAAAUUCACCAAGGACUCCAUCAACCACGACUCUCUGCUGCUCAAGAACUUGGCCUCUGAAACCCCUUUGGAGAUUGCAUGUAAUACUGGCACACUCGAGGCCGUUCGCUGGAUCAUGGAACGUCUUCCACGAACCCACGCGGACGUAGAAGAUGCUGUGCGUCGAGCUUUCAAGACCGCUAUCCUUGGGGAAAAGGUGGGUGUUUUGAAGGUUUUGCAGCACUUGUGGCCUGAAUGGAGAGCACUGGGGAUACAUCCACAUUUCGGCCAGUCUUCACUACUCCGCUUUGCCAUCAACAAGCGCAAAGCGAAGUCUGCCUACCGACUGACAGAUCCUAGAGUCGUAUUAGAAAGGCAGCCAAAUGCCUACAGGAUCUUCGAACUGGGCUGGAAAGGGGAUCUAGACGAGUCUUCUCUAGAGACGAUCCUGGACGACCGUCAUGACCAGCUAUCGAUGGAGACCCUGGACAGGUUGACUCAUGAUGUCAUUGGCUCCUCUACGCUCGAUAAUGACGCAAAAUUGGAGCUUCUCCUUGCUCUGAACAUUGACAUCUCUAUAAUACUUCAACAAUCGGUAAAAUUUGCAGCGGAUCGAUAUUUCGAUCCCGAUCGAUCAGGCAACAUGUGGGAGUCCGUCCUACAAGAAGGACACACGUUUGAGCUAAAGGAUUUAGACUCCAGCUUAACUUUUGCAUCGACAGUCAACGACGAGACAUUACUAAGAAGUCGAAUAAGAGAGGCUUUGAUUCAUCGUGGUGGGCGUGACUGGUCCGAGGCGGUAAAGGCAUUGAAGACUGCUUCCACGAAUGAUCUGGAAAGACUGAUCAAUUUGGAAACGGACGCAGCAAUGUUGCAGCGAAUGCUCAACGUAAGAGACCACCAUCAUAAGUCACUUCUGAUAUAUGCAAUGUCAUACAAACCAGACAAGCAAUCACUCGAAUGCAUGGAGCUUAUGCUGAAACAUGGAAGCAGUGUCGAAGAUUCAGACUUGGACUAUGCACGUCAGCGCGCCUUUGGUCGAGACGGAGACAUUACGAUCUUCAUGUUAUUAGUCACUUAUGCUAAACAUGAAGUCGCUUAUGACACCUUGAGCAUGGUGUGCAGCCAAAACGACUCACCUCUCAGGUUUUAUACACUGUACCAAAUUUUGCUCAGGUGUGGCGCCGAUCCAACACUGAUGAAUGAGAACGGGAAGAUCCCUCGGAAUGUCUUCGAGAGUAUGAGUGAUCUGAUAAUAGAACUAUGGGCUGACGAACCUGAAUAUCUACACCCUUACACACCACUGGAAGAGCUGGGGAAACGACGCAUGGGGAGAGGGGUAAGGGAAGACGUUUCCGAGAUCAUGAGUCUCUUGCAGCGCUGGGAAGACUACCAUAACGAUCCGAGAAUCGGUAAACCGUCCGAUAGACCGGAUCCAGAUUGGGAGGCAUUGUGUGAUCACAUCGACGAGUCAAAGUGGGCACUACUAAUCGAGAAGAACCCCGAGGGCUUCAAGAUAGUUGAAGAGCAUUGA